GUUCCUCAUCCGCAUUACUGUGUACCCCGAAGCCGUUCCGAAGUCAAACUCCGUUCCUACAAGUCACUGCCGACACUCGAUACCACCAACUAAAUGAAUCAAAAGAAUCUCGUCCAAUAUCGUAACGACACAAACCCGAAGCCCGGGGCUUCAGUGCUCGAUCGGAGCCCAGAUGAUAAGCAGCCUCGAAAGCCGGUCCGAAAGCGCCAACGAAUCCCAUCUGCAUGCGAACCAUGUCGACAGCGCAAGACAAGGUGCGAUGGCAGCAGGCCAGUCUGCAGCCUCUGCCUUCGCCGAUCGUCAAGUAACUGUGUUUACCGAAGAGAAUCGAGAGAUGAAACAAGGGACCUGUCAGGAGUGGCACCACCAAUAACGGACUCAACUGGUAGUAACUGGGGAGUCCCGUCAAUUUCAGGAGAAAGACAUUCGGAUAAUGCAACUCAUUUGCCAUCAGAAUCACGGGUUCGGGGCACUAACACUACAUCUGCAUCCAGGAUUAGUCAACCCAAUCGACUGGAAUCCUUGACAGUGACCUCUUACCUCGACAGUCGGAAACCUUCUCCGUCAAAUGAGUUCUACGGCAGUUCAACAACGGCCAAGUUGAUGCACCAAGUGCAAGGGAGUGCGAAUCCCACCACCGGGAGUUCAAAGCAUACUCCUGGAUUAAUAGGAGGACCACCACCCGGAAAGAGUCCUACGACAGCAACAAGCGGCAACUUUGCUUCAAUGGACACUGAGCAUUUACAACAUUUAGCUCUCCCGACACGUGAUUUGGCUGACAUGCUCUUAGACACAUAUUGGUCAAAGGUCUAUCCGGUCUCUCCAAUCGUUUACAAGCCCGCUUUUGCAGCUGCUGUAGAAGAUUUAUGGAAGCCGAGAAAAGAACUGCGCAACUCGAUAGGAGACCUCGAUCUUGGAAUAGGUUCAUACGGUGUUUCAGACUCUCGGACCACUCUAUUUCACUGUGCACUGAAUGCCAUUUUUGCAUGGAGUUGCCAAUUCGCGGGUCCUACGCUAUCCAGAGAAGAACGUGAAUCUCUGGCACAAACUUUCUUUCUUCGUUCCAAAAAGCUUCUCGCUAUCAACCUAUUCGAUAAUGGCAGUGUGGCACAUGUGCAGACUCUUUUGCUCUUUGCGCAGUGUAUUCCCAGCACGCUGUUUCCCAGUGCAUGUUGGAACGUCAUUGGUCUAGCGUGCAGAACUGCUCAAGGCAUAGGCUUGCAUGUAGAAAGAUCUCCCGCCCACAGAUCACCUCGUGGACUUGAAGUCAGGAGACGUGUGUGGUAUGCUUGCAUGAUCAUGGAUACCUCGUACAGCAUGGUACUUGGGCGUCCAACGAUGGCUUCCUACCAAAUUACCAUCCCUUUACCAACAACUACUGAAGACGAUGUAAUCUUUGAUAUCCAAAAUGUACUGGAAAACUCUUUCCAACCGUCCCAUAUUAACUUCAUGGCGGAAAUUGCUAAGCUUUAUGUUACACUGGGAAAGGUAUUGUCGAAUAUAUACAAGCCUGGGCCUGUUGCCGCCAAGGACAAUGCAAGCAAGGAAGGGAAGAGUGAGAGUUUGAACGCCGUUGUGGCAUUGGACGAAGAUAUAUCCAAUUGGGAAGACAACAUGCCAUCGUGGUUACAUUGGGAAAGAGGAAUAGACACUCGGGAUGGGUUACCUGAAUCUCAGCAGUUGCUGCUUUCUAAACAGUCAAAUCUCUUGCACGCCAGAUAUCUCUCCGUCCGAAUCGCCUUACACCGGCCAACAUUCCUACGCUUUUGCCAAAGGCUGGGUUCCGCAGCUCAGAAGAAUCCGUCUACCUCCCAAACUUCACCCGGAAAAAAUACAGAGCCAUUCCGGGAUUUCCGCUCUUCGAUGAGUAUACAAUCUUCUGUAGCUUGUAUUACAGCAGCAAUUGAUCUCGUCAACCUAUCUCACGAAUCUACUCGAAAAAAUGCCGAUACCUCCUGGUGGUUCGCCAUGCAUUACAUAAUUAAUGCCGCAACAAUACUCAUCCUAGCUGAAUCAUGUCCACCUAUGCACUAUUAUUUCGACUACACAGAAGCACACAGUUCUUGGCUCCUCUGCUGUGACACAUUACGGCUGCUCGCCGAGGCUGGACAUCCAUCAGAUAAUGUUCUGAAUGGCCUAUACGCAAUGCGUCAGCAGUUAGUCCAAAGCCAGCUUCCGACGACACGAUCAAACGCCACCCAAGAUCAGACUCUGGAGAUUGGUACAGAAGAAACACCAAUAGCACAGGACUGCGGUUCCACUCACCUUCAGCAACAAAGCUUAAGUCUACCUGCAGGUCAGGAACAAGAUAGCUCAGGCUUCCAAGCAGGUCCUGGGGUUGAAAACUCGAGCGACCCCUCGACGCAGCCAUUCAUAGAUUUCAUGAUGCAGGACACGGAUUUGAUGGCACUUGGGUUCUUUGAUCAGAGCUGGUUAGGUUCUCCACAUGUUGAUCCGGAUGUAGGAUUCGAUGGGCCGAUACCAAUGUCCGUAGAUUUUGAGCACGACGCUGCUUUAUGAAUUUAUCCUACAUUAUUACUCAGCUAGUUUGAC